UAAAUCAGAUUACUGCCUGUGAUGUUGCCUGAUUCUACCCUAGAUAUGGUCUGUGGGGAAGAUGCUGCUGACUAGAGAGCACCACCCUCUCUCUCUCUCUCUCUGCUGAGCUGAUGGCCUGCUCAGCACUGGCUGCUGGAAGUGUCAGUCAAACACACAUCACUAGCACAGACUUUUAUCAGUUCUACCGAGCUUUGCAGAUACAAGUUGUCAGUCUGUUGCUGAUUGCCAGGAGACGAUUGAAGCCAUGGAGGUGCGCACUGAUGGCAACUCCUUACUGAAAGCUGUGUACCUGAGCAGGUUGCGCCUCACCAGGCUGCUGCUGGAAGGUGGCGCUUACAUAAAUGAGAGCAACGAGCGAGGAGAGACACCCCUCAUGAUCGCUUGCAGGACCAAGCACACGGACCAUCAAAGUGUCAGCAAAGUGAAGAUGGUGAAAUAUCUUCUGGAGAAUCACGCAGACCCUAACAUCCAAGACAAAUCAGGAAGAACCGCCCUGAUGCACGCAUGCACAGAGCAGGCUGGAGCAGAGGUUGUGUCUUUGUUGUUAAAAAGCAACGCUGAUCCCAGCCUCGAGGAUCAUUCAGGCUGCUCCGCUUUGGUCUGUGCUGUGAACUCAGGUGACAAAGAAACCCUUAGGAUUCUGCUGGAUGCCUGCAAGGCAAGAGGAAAAGAGGUCAUUAUCAUCACAACAGCCAAAUCGCCCUCUGGUAGGCAAACCACUAAGCAAUACCUGAACGUUCCACCUCCUCCACAUAUUGAUGAUCGACACUCACCCAUUCCCUGCACCUCACCUUCAGACAUCGAGCUUAAGACAUCACCGCCUCACCUCAACAGCAAUGUGGCCGAAGAGAAGCGCGUAUUUAGCUUCAGGGAACCGGUUCAUCUCUUUAACAACCAAGGUUCCUCUGAACCGGCCUCUCCGACCAGAAAGUGCAACCAGACACAUUCUGGGGCCAAAUUCCCACAACUUCAAAGGCUGCACUCUGAGCCCUGGCUGAACAUCCCUCCUUCCCUGGUACCUCAGAACAAAAUAUCCUCAUUCCAGGAAGAAACACAGAACCUCACCCCAGAGGAAAGCCUAUCCCUUAAAAUCAAUGGAUUAAUUCUACCCAAGCGACUCUUCACUAGACAUCAAAGUAUUGAUGUAAAGGACACUGCGGGUUUAUUGAGAGCUUUGGAUCAAGCAUCGGCUUUGGCGGGCCCAAGGAAAUUGUCCUACGAUGAAAUGCACUCACAGUCUGCUCAGCCUGGAUCGCAACGCAAUAGCACGCUUCCUGUGGACCAGGACCCCGAUCACCUACAACUCAUCAACGCCUCAAGCUUGCGCAACAUUGUCCACAGGAGGAACUUGGGUAUUAAUCACUACAGCUCCGACUCGCAGCUUACCACGUGCUCCAUGUCCACGUCGCUCGACGAAACCAAAACCUUUCUAGAGAAGAAAAAGAUGAUCACUUCUCCGUUAGCUGCUUCAACUGGGUCUAGGGAUUCGCUGGACAAUCUCACAACCAUCAGGAAACAACCUGGUAUCCUAGAGAGACGAGGCUCAGGGACUCUCCUCUCAGAUCGUAUUUCACAAACCAGACCGGGAUACCUCCCACCUUUAAACAUCAAUCCCCACCCCCCAAUUCCUGAUAUCAGAGCCAUCAGCAAAGACCCCGGGCCCUUUCCCGGCGGUGGGAAACCUUUACUGCCAGCAGCACCAAAUAGCCAAAAGCGAACAGAUGUUAAGAGCAAGAAAAUGCUCCUACGGAGGCACUCGGUGCAGGCAGAACAAAUGAAACAGCUGGCAAAUUUUGAGGAAAUAUUUGGUCAGUGA